AUGUACUGGUCUGCAGGGGAACCAAUGACCAAGGAGGUGGCUUCGAAGACCUGUUUGAAGCAAGCUGAUGAUGAGUUGAGACAGCAGUUGCUUGAGCGGCUGGUGGACACACACCUGAUGAGUCCUUUCCUGCAGUUGUCCUUCAACCAUGACCCGCAACGACUUCCAUUGCGGGAGUUGUCUCAUGGAUCUUGGAGUGAACUCUUCUUGGUCUACAAGAGUUACUGCCGGGUCAAGAAUGAAGACUUCAACCAGGAGGCCAAGAUUUCGGAUCAACUUCUGGCCCACUUCACCCAGACCUGGAAGGACCGGCAGGUAUACUACAUGGCACGCGAACGUGCCAAAGUGCAGCGUGACAUCAUGACGAUCAUAGUGGAUUCCUAUGACCAUUGCAAAAUGAGUUUGCCAAAAUACCCCAUGUCCCGAACGCCAAAGCGUACAAUUUUCGAAGCUACACGACGUACAUACUUGACGCUUACUGGAUGCAUAGUUCACGGGACCGGCAUCUAUAUGUAUCUUUCCGAUGAAGGAAUGGCUGGAGGAUCGAAUUGGACGAUAGAAUGUGUGAUGAAAUCCAUCGACAAAGCCUGGGCAAAGAUGAGGUGCUUGCAGAAGAAGCUGGCACCCUUGUUCAGCAAGAGCGGCCUGGAUUUCCAGAUCGAGCACGUUGAUGCUGUGAGAAAUUGGUGCAAACUUAUGCCAUCCUCAUCUACAUUGAAGAACGCAUAUCGUUCCCGAAAGACGGAUGAGGAGAACAACAUGAAAGUUCCACAGUCAUUUUCUUUCAUGUGCAGGGAAGACAUGCCUGGUCAAGGGCACAACCUGGAAGUGGAUGACAAUGUGCCCCGACGCUUGCGGUCGGAAGGGGCAAUGAAAGAUGUUUUUGCAAUGGUAAAAGGGUAUAUGUCUGAUCAGUCUCUGAUUCAGCCUCCUUUACUUUGUUACCCCGCAAGCUUUGCAGCCAGUACAGAAAACUACUUCAACCAGAUCAACAGCACCAGGGAGGUGGUGCAUCAGGAACUUGAAGCUGAGCGCAUUGCUGAGCUUGAAUCUUUGGCUGCAGCCAUAUCCAAAGACUUCCCACACAUGGACCGGGCUGUUCGAUACUAUCGUACUGUGAUUGACAUGGCAAGACCUCGAAAACCUUUUUCCAGACUUUCCUUUUUGGAUGCUGGGCCAUUUCAAAGGAAUGGCCUGGGGAAUGUUCAAUUACCUCAGCGACCUGCUGAGCCAAUGAACCAUUGGCUUCAGGUGACAGUGAAGAAGAACUUGGGGAAACAUGUAGACGACGUUCUUGGAGACGAAUCUUUGCGUUUCCAGGUGUUGAAGCGCUUGGUUUUGGAUCGUGGGGCGCACCUGGAUCCAAAGCCCACCUUGUCUUUGGUGCCACAAGCUUCCUUGUCAGAAUUCUGGCUACCGCUGACCGCCUUUCAUUUGGGGGAGAGCGCCAAGAAUGGAUGUGUGGGUUUUGUGACCAGUGAGAAGCAGAGCCCUUCAGCCUUGGACCUCCUGGGGGCAAUUUCACAAGCUGUGGCAGUGGAGCGCCGGCAGGCUCAGCUCAAACCAGGUGCUUCCAAGGCCCUCAAGGAUUUGAUCAACAAGUGCGUCACAGAAUUCAACAAGCUUACCACUGUGAAGAAACACCGGAUUGACACCACCCGCAAGUCUUUGAUCUACAAUUUGAUGAGGGCUCCUCCAACGCUGGGUGCUAUCCUUCAUGAGCACUAUGACUUGUUCAAGCAUGAAGUGUCAGGUAUGCCCCUGGAUCUACUCCAACAAGACUACUGGGUUCCCGGUGUCACCGCGCGGCAAGAUUCACCCAAGUUUCAUGGCAAAGAAAUGUGGAGCCUCGACAGCGAUCUGGGUGGAAUCGUCAAAGCUGCGGAGCCUUUCGAAUGGGGCAGGAUACCCUUCAUCUUGGAGGUGCGCGGCUCCACGAUGGAGGAUUUCGUUGUCCAGGCCCAGGAUAGGCAGAAGAACGCCUACACCAGAUCAAUGACAGCAGCGUUCCAGAACUGGGUUCAGCAGCUCCAGGCUGACCAGGUCUCAUUUGAGUCUCAGCGAAUCAUGUCCGAGAAGGAGUCUGCCAAGCGACGUGCAAAAUUGGUGAGUCAGCUGGAGGACCUCCACAAGAAGGCUUGGGAGAUGGUUGGCGAGUAUCUAACGGUGAACCUUCGAGUUUUCGGGGGUCUUGCAAAGGAGGCUGAAUCAACUGUGCUUCCGUUGGUUACCAGCUGGACGGAUGAAGCAUUUUCCGACGUACCCGAAUGCCGUGCCAGUGAUGAUCACUGUGUGCUCAUGUGGGCAAAUUUGCCCUCCUGUGGUGUGCUGUCAGUUCAUCGCUAUGACUGGUGCAUCACAUCUAUAUCGAAUGUCCUGGCAAUCUAUCGGAAGAAUGGGAUCGCAGUGCUUGUUCACCCCAACCGUGGACAAGCUGCUGAAAGGAAAAGCAAAUGCAAGGACGAAAGCGAUGACGAUGCCGCCAAAGAAGAGCCUGAUGAUGCGAUGAUGGGCAUCAAAAAGGAUGAGCCAGAUGACGAUGAAGACGGUGAUGCACCUCCAGAGCUGUCAUGCAAUCAGGAGGAUGCGGACAUCAGAGACAUGAAGUACAAGCUGGAGAAAGAUUUGUCGCUGCGAGAGCGCAAUCUGAUUGUGCGCAACAUCACAUGGGUGUUUGACAAAGAGACGGUGUACGGACGCCGUGAAGGUUGCAUCACGGGCCUUGCAGUUUUUCACCGUGACCGAGCAAACAUCUUUCGGACCUCGGCAGGGAUCAAGUCCGCUGUGAUCCAUGAUGUCAAGAUGCUCCCCCGGCAUGCCAUGUGGAAACCAACAGCUUCACCGACCAAGCAGAACCUGCCACAUCUUGGGAGGGCAAUUACUGACCAGCAGGAGAUGAAACAAGUUGCUGGUGGAACAGACUUCGUGCGGGCAACCCUGAGGGCACUUGUACCCCCUUCGGUCCAAACCUGCAUGAUCUUGGAUCUUGUGAGCUACGAUGGGUGGGCAGCACUGGCAGCCCUCGAGGAAGUGGCGGCUGCCAAACGGGUCAUGUGCGGAUCCAUCGUCUUGAACGGCGAUCCUGGUGGAUUGCAGCAGCGAGUUGCCACUGCGCUCUAUGAGUCGUGUCGGGAAGGGAAUGCCGUGCUUCCGAAUUUCCCCAACUUUGAGCCUGUGGUCAAGGCACUCCGUGAGAAUGCGAGCUCUGCCCCACAACAGUCAUACAAGGUUUGUGUGGCCAAGUGUGACCGGCUGGUGAUUUUGCAGUCACUGGCUAGACGCUGGACAGAGUAUGAGGGGUCCAAGGAAGAGGCCACUGCACUGAUUGUGGAGCACAACAAGAACUUCAACGUGGAUGGAGAUUAUCUCGAAGAUGAUGAAAGGCCUGCAGAGCCGGCUGACGGAGAGCGGCCCGCAAAGAAGAUCAAACUGGCUGAUUUGCAGAGCUGCACUGAGGCAGACAUCUCCAGUUUAGCAAAACCGCGGAAGUUGACCAUCAACGGGGCUGCAGAAUUGAUCUCAGAUGAAACGGGAGAGAAGCUCUUUUUGGUGAGCCGGUCUCGCAAUCAGUUUCUGGCAUUCCGUGAGAUGUUUAGCUUCGGAAGCGGUGAGUGGAGGAAUGGUGCCGACACUUGGAUCAAUCCGGAAGCUUUGGAAAUUUCAAGUGAUGCAGAAGGGCGGUGGUUUGCCUUCAACAUCGACUUUAAAAGUCUUGUUCUGAUGGAAAAGAAGGGGGUGCCCAACCACUUGCAAAGUUUGCCAUGCAUCGACAACCCCACGGACUUGGGAACGGUGAUCAGGGAGUUGGAAGAUGCUGGAGAGGUGAAGCUUGGCAUCAGCCACCACUCGCUGAAUGCAGCCCGUGAUCAAAUCACAAUGGAGAAAGCACUGGUGUUUGUUGUGGAACCCCCCAAAAAUGAUGAUGGUGAGGAUGGCGAAAAGAAAAAGAAGAAGAAGAAGAACAAAUCCACAGUCACCAUGAACAGUUUUGGGAAUGGGCUGUCCAUCAACAAGUUUAAGGGCAUCAGCACGUUCGUUGUUGGGUUCCGCUGCAGGCUGGAUGGUUUGUCAAAACACCUCAGCAUAGUUCCAUAG